AAGUCAAGUUGACUUAAUGAUGCAAGAAUGAGAACCAUGACCACUAAAAAGCAAAUUUAAGAAAAUUCCAUUUUUAAAUUUGCAAAAAAUUCUCCUUUAUACUCUCAUUGCUACUCUAAUAUAUUCCUCCAAUUCUUCUUUGGGUUACUAACUCAAUUUUCACUUGAAAGAAUGCCUAAAUAUACCAACGUUACAACUUCAAGUCCAUUUCUUGUUCUGUUAAUGCUAGCGCUUUGUAUAGCCAACACCAUCGACAGAAGCCUCGCAGGCGAUACUCUACUCAAAAAAGCUUGUUCCACUGAUAGUUAUGCUCCGAACAGCACGUACGAGGCCAAUCUUAAUGCCACCUUCACUUCUCUAGCCACAAAUGCGACACAAGGCCGAGGCAAGACAAGAUUUUUCAAUACGUCUGUUGUAGGGUAUGAUCAUGGUCGUUCUAACACCGUAUUCGGCCUCUAUCUUUGUCGUGGAGAUGACUCGAACAGAGAUUGCCAAACAUGUGUGCCGAAAGCCAUUCAGAGCUUAUUACAGGAAUGCCCAUCUCGGCCUGUGGUGGCUACAGUUUGGUAUGUUGAUUGUAUGGUCCGUUACUCCAACGAGUCCAUCUUCGGAAUUAUGGACCAUUCUCUACCGUUGUACAUGACUAACGAUGGUAACAUCACCACAAAUGCUAGCGUCUUCAAUCAACUAGUAGGUGGAGUCAUGCACACCUUGGCUAAUGAUGUCGCGACAUCUUCAAAGAAAUAUGGAACCAAAGAGGCCAACUUUACUGGCUUCUGGACCGUGUAUGCUGAGGCUCAAUGCACACCAGACCUUUCAACAACGGAGUGCCUAAGGUGUUUAACGACGGCCAAUAAUUAUUUCCCUGAUUGUUGUAGUAGUAGCAAAGGAGCUAGAGUGUUGAAUCCUAGCUGUUACGCUGCAUAUGAGCUCUUCCCCUUUUAUGAAAUUACUCCAUCGCCCUCGUCCUCGUCCUCAUCACCACCACAACUACCAACUUCUUCUAAAGGACGAAAGAGGAAGUCAAGUUCUGUAACGAUUGCACUUGUUGCUUUAGUAGCCAUUUUAGUGGUUCAGCUAUCAGUGUGUAUCUACCUGAUGUGGAGUAAAGGGAGGAAGAAGUUGGGAGAUGCUGAAGUACUACAACAAAAUCAAAACCAAGGGAAUCAUAUUCCAAGUUUUAAUUACAAUGGUGAAGAGUUCCCGAAUGUUGAGUCACUGCAAUAUGACUUGAAAUUACUUCAAAUAGCAACAAAUAACUUUUCCGAUGAUAAUAAACUAGGAGAAGGGGGAUUUGGAGGAGUUUACAAGGGUAUACUUCCUAAUGGACAAGAAAUAGCAGUAAAGAGAUUAUCUGUGUGUUCUAAUCAAGGCGUGGAGCAAUUUAUGAACGAGGUGGUAUUUGUAGCCAAGCUCCAACACCGGAACCUUGUUAGGCUAUUGGGAUUUUGUUUGGCUGAAUACGAGAAGUUGCUUGUGUACGAAUAUGUUCCCAACAAAAGCCUUGACUUCAUGUUAUUUGAUCAUGGAAAACAAGAAGGUUUGGAUUGGCCAACACGCUACAAAAUUAUAAGUGGCAUUGCUCGAGGGAUGCUCUAUUUACAUGAAGACUCUCGUUUGAGAAUUGUACAUCGUGAUCUGAAGGCUAGCAAUAUACUCCUAGAUGCUGACAUGAAUCCUAAAAUAUCGGACUUUGGCACAGCAAGGCAUUUCAAUGUCGAUGAAAGCCAAGCCAACACAAGCAGGGUCGCCGGAACUUUUGGUUACAUGGCUCCAGAAUACUUGCUAAACGGUGAGUUUUCACUAAAAUCAGAUGUGUAUAGCUUUGGAGUUCUGGUUUUGGAGAUUGUAAGUGGUAGAAAAGGCACCAGCUUUCGACAAUCAAGGACAGGAGAACAACUUCUUACAUAUGCUUGGAAGCAUUGGACAGAGGGAAAUCCCGUAGAAAUUGUGGAUCCAUCUUUAGGAGAUUCUUACACAAGAAACAAAGUAAUAAGAUGCAUUCAACUAGGGCUAUUAUGCGUUCAAGGAGAUGCUGAAAGAAGACCUACAAUGGCUUCAAUAGCUAUUAGUCUUAAUAGUGAUACCGAACUUCCCACACCUCAACAACCUGGUUUGUUUGUUUGCAAUCAAUUUGAACCAGGUCCUAUCAUAAAGGAACUAGAAACCGAUGAAUCCUCAAGCAAGUCAAUGCAUCUGUCAUUUUGUUCAGAAUCUUCGACUAAUUAAAAUUUCGAUUGCUUGCUUUGUUGGAAUCGAACUUCUUGUAUAUUUUGCAAGUUUCCUAAGGCACCCGGCACCCGGGUCCUAUGUUUAGAGUUAGGUGUAUCCAAGAGUUAAUUUUAUUCAUUUACAUCAAAUAUUUUUAAGAGUUAAUCAAUUGAACCUGUUGAGAUUGCUAUGAAGCUAUGACAUCAUCUUUAUCUCUAUUAUAUAAGUGAUGGGGAGAUUGUGGUUUCCACCUAAAAAGACCACAACUCCUCUCUUCCUUUAAAAUUGGAAUACAGAUGAUUAAACUAACAAUGUCAAUCUAUCUGUACAGAAAAAAUGAAAGAUCAAUAAAAAAAAAAAAUUACACAAUCAAUUAAUCAAUACAUAAUUCUAGAUUAUAAACUUAAUUUAGGGUUAUUAAUAAAUUUGACAUUGUUUUAUACCUUCCAUUAGUAUUAAAUAUUGAUGUUCAUAUGUCGACAAUGUCAAUCAAACUCAUGCUACAUACAUUGAUAAUUGAAGUAGCAAACCUAACUAUAUACCUUCAUCCAUAUAUAUA